GUUUACGGAGACUCGGAACUGGAUAAAGGGACCAGGCUACAUUGGGAAAGAAGUGGGAAGAAAUGGGGUACAGCGAGGAGGAGGGCUAAAUGUGAACAAUAAUGUCUUGGAAGAGAAAUUAUUUUUCAGGGGGUUGUGGUAGUGUACAAGGGAUGUUUGCACCUCGAAGCUCAACCUCCAUAGCCCCUAGCAAAGGCCUCAGCAAUGAGCCAGGGCAAAACAGCUGCUUCCUCAACAGUGCCCUGCAGGUUUUGUGGCACUUGGAUAUCUUCCGACGUAGCUUUAGGCAGCUUACAACUCACAAGUGCAUGGGAGAUUCCUGCAUCUUUUGUGCUCUCAAGGGAAUCUUUAACCAGUUUCAGUGUAGUAGUGAAAAAGUGCUUCCAUCUGACACUCUCCGCAGUGCUCUGGCAAAGACUUUCCAGGAUGAACAACGUUUCCAGCUGGGAAUUAUGGAUGAUGCUGCAGAGUGCUUUGAAAACCUCCUGAUGAGAAUUCACUUCCACAUUGCUGAUGAAACCAAAGAGGAUAUAUGUACUGCCCAACACUGCAUUUCCCAUCAGAAAUUUGCAAUGACAUUGUUUGAGCAGUGUGUUUGUACUAGCUGUGGUGCCACUUCUGAUCCGCUGCCUUUCAUCCAGAUGGUACAUUAUAUCUCCACCACUUCCCUUUGCAAUCAGGCUAUUUGUAUGCUGGAAAGACGAGAGAAACCUUCACCAAGCAUGUUUGGUGAGCUGCUGCAGAAUGCCAGCACCAUGGGGGAUCUGCGGAACUGUCCAAGCAACUGUGGAGAGAGGAUCAGGAUUCGCCGUGUGUUGAUGAAUGCUCCACAGAUUAUCACAAUUGGGCUGGUAUGGGACUCAGACCACUCAGACCUAGCAGAAGAUGUUAUCCACAGCCUGGGAACCUGCCUUAAGCUGGGUGAUCUGUUUUUCAGAGUGACAGAUGACCGGGCCAAGCAAUCUGAACUGUACUUAGUAGGAAUGAUCUGUUACUAUGGCAAACAUUAUUCUACAUUCUUUUUUCAAACAAAGAUUCGCAAAUGGAUGUAUUUUGAUGAUGCUCAUGUUAAGGAGAUUGGGCCCAAAUGGAAGGAUGUGGUGACCAAAUGCAUCAAGGGGCAUUAUCAGCCCCUGCUGCUGCUUUAUGCAGAUCCCCAGGGUACCCCAGUAUCCACCCAGGACCUGCCUCCCCAAGCUGAGUUCCAUUCAUACAGCAGGACAUGCUACGACAGUGAAGAUUCAGGGAGGGAGCCCUCCAUCUCAAGUGACACUCGAACAGAUUCCUCAACGGAGAGCUAUCCCUACAAACAUUCCCACCAUGAGUCUGUGGUCAGUCACUUCUCUUCUGAUUCUCAGGGGACAGUCAUCUAUAAUGUGGAGAAUGAUUCCAUGUCUCAGAGCAGUCGGGACACAGGACACCUGACUGAUAGUGAAUGUAAUCAGAAACACACAUCCAAGAAAGGGUCACUGAUAGAGCGCAAGAGGAGCUCUGGUCGGGUUAGGAAGAAAGGCGACGAGCCCCAGGCCUCAGGAUACCACAGUGAAGGAGAAACACUGAAAGAGAAGCAGGCUCCUAGAAAUGCCUCCAAACCAUCCAGCAGCACCAACAGGCUGAGGGAUUUUAAAGAGACAGUCAGCAAUAUGAUCCAUAACAGACCAUCCCUGGCUUCUCAGACCAAUGUAGGCUCCCACUGUGGGGGCAGGGGAGGAGACCAGCCUGACAAAAAACCUCCUAAGACCCUACCUUUACACUCUCGUGACUGGGAAAUAGAGAGUACCAGCAGUGAGUCAAAAUCCAGUUCUUCCAGCAAGUAUCGUCCAACAUGGAGACCAAAACGAGAAUCUCUGAAUAUUGACAGUAUCUUUAGUAAGGACAAAAGGAAGCACUGUGGCUAUACCCAGCUUAGCCCCUUUUCUGAGGAUUCAGCUAAAGAAUUUAUACCAGAUGAACCAAGCAAACCACCUUCUUAUGACAUUAAAUUUGGUGGACCAAGCCCCCAGUACAAGCGCUGGGGCCCAGCACGGCCAGGCUCUCACCUUUUAGAGCAGCACCCCCGACUAAUCCAGCGAAUGGAAUCUGGCUAUGAAAGCAGUGAGAGGAACAGCAGCAGCCCCGUCAGCCUGGAUGCAGCCCUGCCUGAGAGCUCAAAUGUCUACAGGGAUCCAAGUGCUAAGAGAUCAGCUGGUUUGGUUCCUUCCUGGCGUCAUAUCCCAAAGUCGCACAGUAGUAGCAUCCUGGAGGUGGACUCCACAGCAUCCAUGGGUGGCUGGACAAAGAGUCAGCCUUUCUCAGGUGAGGAGAUAUCUUCUAAAAGUGAACUGGAUGAAUUGCAGGAAGAGGUGGCCAGGAGGGCGCAGGAACAGGAACUUCGAAGAAAACGGGAGAAAGAAUUAGAGGCAGCGAAAGGGUUUAACCCUCAUCCUAGCCGCUUCAUGGAUUUGGAUGAACUGCAGAAUCAGGGGAGGAGUGACGGCUUUGAGAGGUCCCUGCAAGAGGCAGAGUCAGUAUUUGAAGAGUCACUGCAUCUGGAACAGAAAGGAGACUGUGCUGCAGCUUUGGCUCUCUGUAAUGAAGCUAUCUCUAAACUAAGACUUGCCCUGCAUGGUGCCAGCUGUAGCACGCACAGCAGAGCCCUAGUCGAUAAGAAGUUGCAAAUCAGUAUUCGAAAAGCACGGAGCCUGCAGGAUCGCAUGCAGCAGCAGCAAUCACCACAGCAGCCGUCGCAGCCCUCAGCCUGCCUCCCGUCACAGGCGGGGACUCUCCCUCAGCCAACAAGUGAACAGCCUAUCCCGCUCCAAGUAUUGUUAAGCCAAGAGGCCCAACUGGAACCCGGCACGGAUACAGAGUUUGGGGCCAGUUCUUUCUUCCAUUCACCUGCUUCCUGCCAUGAGUCACACUCAUCACUAUCUCCAGUGUCAUCUGCCCCACAGCACAGCUCCCCCAGUAGAUCUGCCUUGAAGCUUCUGACUUCGGUUGAAGUAGACAACAUUGAACCCUCUGCAUUCCACAGGCAAGGUUUACCUAAAACACCAGGAUGGACUGAGAAGAAUUCUCAUCAUAGUUGGGAGCCAUUGGAUGCCCCAGAGGGUAAGCUGCAAGGCUCUAGGUGUGACAACAGCAGUUGCAGCAAGCUACCUCCACAAGAAGGAAGAGGCAUUGCUCAAGAACAGCUAUUCCAAGAAAAGAGGGACCCUGCUAAUAACCCCUCCCUGGUGAUGCCUGGAAUAGCCACCUCUGAGAGGGGAGAUGAACAUAGCCUAGGCUGUAGUCCUUCAAAUUCAUCAGCUCAGCCCAGCCUUCCCCUGUAUAGAACCUGCCACCCCAUACUGCCUGUUGCUUCUUCAUCUGUGCUUCGCUGUCCUGAUCCUGUGCAGAAAACUAACCAAUGCCUCCAAGGCCAAAGCCUCAAAACUUCAUUGACUUUAAAAGUGGACAGAGGCAGUGAGGAGCCCUACAGGCCAGAGUUUCCCAGCACGAAGGGGCUUGUCCGUUCUCUGGCUGAGCAGUUCCAGAGGAUGCAGGGUGUCUCCAUGAGAGAUAGGAGAGGUUUCAAGGAUGUAAGUUUGUCAGGUAGUCUAAGGAAGAACUCUUCCCCUUCUGAUUCUAAGCCUCCUUUCUCACAGGGUCAAGAGAAAGGCCACUGGCCAUGGGCAAAGCAACAAUCCUCUCUGGAGAGUGGGGACAAACCACUUUCCUGGGAAGAGUCCACUGAACAUUCUUCUCUUGCCUUAAACUCUGGGCUGCCUAAUGGUGAAACUUCUAGGGGAGGACAGCCCAGGUUGGCAGAGCCAGACAUAUACCAAGAGAAGCCGUUCCAAGUGAGAGAUGCUAGGUCUAAGGAUCUGGGCAGCAGUGCUGACUUGGGGACUUCCUUGCCUUUGGAUUCCUGGGUGAAUGUCACAAGGUUCUGUGAUUCUCAGCCUAAACAUGCAGCCUCUAGGCCAGGAAUGAAGUCCUCCCCUCAUGAUUCCCAUAUGUGUGUAACCUAUCCAGAGAGAAAUCACAUCCUUUUGCAUCCACAUUGGAACCAAGACACAGAGCAGGAGACCUCAGAAUUGGAGUCUCUGUAUCAGGCCAGUCUUCACGCUUCACAACUUGACUGUUCUGGAUGGGGGCAGCAGGAUACAGCCUGGCACCCACUUAGCCAAACAGGCUCUGCAGAUGGCAUGGGGAGGAGGUUGCACUCAGCCCCUGAUCCUGGUCUCUCGAAGACUCCAACAGCAGAAAUGGAGCAGAGUCUCCAUGAAGCCAGAACAGUGUGUACUUCUCAGGCUACACCUUGCCGAGGCCUCAGCAGGGAGUGUGGGGAGGAUGAGCAGUACAGUGCAGAGAACUUACGUCGCAUCUCACGCAGUCUCAGUGGCACCGUUGUCUCAGAGAGGGAGGAAGCUCCAGUUUCUUCCCACAGUUUUGAUUCAUCAAACGUGAGGAAGCCUUUGGAAACCGGGCACCGUUGUUCCAGCUCCUCUUCCCUCCCUGUCAUCCAUGACCCUUCUGUGUUUCUCCUCGGUCCCCAACUCUACCCUCCCCAACCACAGUUCCUGUCCCCAGAUGUCCUGAUGCCCAGCGUGGCAGGGGAGCCCCAUAGACUCCCAGGAACUUCGAGGAGUGUCCAGCAGUUUCUGGCUAUGUGUGACAGGGGUGAAACUUCCCAAGGGGCCAAGUACACAGGAAGGACUUUGAAUUACCAGAGCCUCCCCCAUCGUUCCAGAACAGACACCUCCUGGGCACCCUGGUCAGAGACCAGCCAGCAUAUUGGGACCAGAUUCCUGACUACUCCAGGGUGCAAUCCUCAGCUAACCUACACUGCCACACUACCAGAAAGAAGCAAGGGCCUUCAGGUUCCUCACGCUCAGUCCUGGGGUGAUCUUUCCCAUUCACCCUCCCACCCUCCCAUUGUUCAUCCUGUGUACCCACCAUCUAGCAGUCUUCAUGUACCCCGGAGGUCAGAUUGGAAUUCAGAUCCUGUUCCAGGGUCCCGAACCCCUGGUCCUCGAAGAGUAGAUAUGCCCCCAGAUGACGACUGGAGGCAAAGCAGUUAUGCCUCCCGCUCUGGACACAGGAGGACAGUGGGAGAAGGGUUUCUGUUUGUUCUAUCAGAUGCCUCCAGAAGAGAGCAGAUCAGGGCUAGAGUCCUGCAGCACAGUCAAUGGUAAAGGUUACUCCUUUCCUUUCCUGGAGCUACACCUUUCUAUGUAAAACUGUACUGUGGGCCAGGCGCGGUGGCUCACGCCUGUAAUCCCAGCACUUUGGGAGGCUGAGGCGGGUGGAUCACAAGGUCAGGAGAUUGAGACCAUCCUGGCCAACAUGGUGAAACCCCGUCUCUACCAAAAUACAAAAAAUUAGUCAGGCGUGAUGGUGCAUGCCUGUAGUCCCAACUACUUGGGAGGCUGAGGCAGGAGAAUUGCUUAAACCCGGGAGGCAGAGGUUGCAGUGAGCUGAGAUCGCACCACUGCACUCCAGCUUGGCAACAGAGUGAGACUCCGUCUCGGAAAACAAAACAAAACAAAAAAACUGUACUGUGGCAGCGUUGGUACCCUGCAUUACUGCCAUGGUUGUGCUAUUCUUAUCUCAACAUAGAAUUGGUGGGUUCUCCUAAGGGUGUCAGGAACCUCUAAAAAGACCUGAUUCUUUGGGAGGGGAUAUUUGAAAUUCCAACUUCCAUUCCCCCUAGCAAAAGGAAGCAGCUGCUGUUUAAGGGUUUUAUCUGAGCCACUUUAAAGAUGAAUCCAUGGUAUUACUCUGGAUACUACCCAUUCCUUAGGAUCUUAAGGUCACAUUUUAUUCCUGGAUGCUUUAUGUCCCCACCUCCACCUGAGCCCUUGUCCUCUGUUCCCUACUAUAUUCCCAACUUCUACUCUUUGUUUUAUCCACCUAUCCCUAUUACCUGACCCUUUGUCUUCCCUAUCUCCCAUCCUUGGGGGGACAUGUAGCCCUGUGGUCAUGGUUCUGAUUACAUCAUCAGGGCAGCCCCCUGCCCAGGUAUUAUGGCCUGUCAGCAUUCCUUGUGCCCUCCAAACCUUAGGCCUAGAAUGCGGAGCUGCCAACAUAACAUCCACCCUUUUGAACAGAUGGAGUCAGGCACACUAACACAGCCUUCUGUCCUCAGCACAGCCAUUAUUACCACUUGCUCAGUUGUUGUUGUGAACCCUCAGAAUCAGCUGAACUAUUUUAGGCCAAACAUACUGUUUUUGUAAAGUAUUUUUCAUUAAUAAAUCUAUAAGAUAGUUCUAUUUAA